AUUAUGGGAUAUUCAAAAUGGCGGCGCCCAUUACAAAAUUUUAAGUUUCGUGACAUUUUUCGGGGUUUUUAGGUUAUAAAACAUUAUUGGCUCGUGACUGUCCAUUUCUCUUACACUUUCUCACAGAGGAAACUUAGAAGAUGUUUACAGAGUUGAAUACAUUUCUUGGUUUCGACCAUUUAAAGCCGCCAAAGGGCCAGUUUGUCCUGAUCUCUGACAGUCUAACAGAUGACAGUUUCCUCAUCCACCACUUCCUGUCUCUCUACAUCAAAGGUGGCUGGAAGGUGUGCCUCCUUGCCCUGGCUCAGUCAUUUGGCCACUACAAUGCUGUUGGACAGAAGCUAGGUGUUCACCUGAGCCAAGCCAGAGAGAAAGGCCAGCUCAGGUUUAUAGAUGGCCUGAAAUGUUCCCUACAGGCGUACACAUGUACAACACAGGAGGAGCAGGCUCAAAAUCCACUCAGGUGUCUUUGUGACAAGAAAGCAACUCUAAGACCUCUGUAUGACCAGGUGAAGACGCUGGUCUGUAGUGAAGAAGGUGUUCUAGAAGGUCCCACUCUGCUCCUUGUGGACGACUUGAGUGUUCUUGUGAGUCUCGGCAUGUCUGUCAAGGAUGUGGCAGACUUCAUGCACUACUGUAGGGUCCUGAUGUGCCCUACACUACAGAGUCAGGGUGCCAUAGUGUCACUUGUACACAAGGAUGCAGAUGUGGAAGAUGAGGAAAAUAGCACCUUAUUCAGACACAUGGCAUACCACAGCACAGUCCAUUUGGCCGUGGAGGGGUUGUCCAGUGGAUACAGUAGGGAUGUACAUGGACAGGUGACUGUCACUUUCCGGAAUGUCCAGGACCCCAGCCAACCACAGACCAGGAUGAAGACAUUACAGUACAAAGUAGAGGAAAGGAAUGUUUCCUUCUUUGCCCCUGGGACGUCACGAGCAGUUCUGUAACAACUCUCAAACUCAAAAGACAUUUUGUUUGUAUUCUUAUUGUUUGUUGGUUGAUUGGUUGGUUUUGUUACUUGUUAGGCAUAACUGCCUCAUGGUAUAACACAUAAGAUCUGUAUAUGUCGCAGUGUCUGAGAGGUAAGGAUAACAAAAGGUCACGGGUUCGAUCCCCGGCAUUUAUGGCUAGACAAUAUAGGAAAGGCACCUUUGCACGAUUUUCCACACUCCACCCUCCAAUACCAUGCCCUGGACACAGUGGAUUAACAACCCACUGUCUCUUCAACCUCAAAAAGGCCAUGGGUCUACCUUUACCUUUUUAAUCAUUCAAGAAGUUUCACUCACUCCACAGUCAUCCAUGAUAUGUUCCUCAUCUGUAUCGGUUAUGUCGGUGUAACUGCCCUUUGGCGUAACACACCAGCUUUGCAGCCAAGCGGCACGGUGGCAGCUGGCUACAUUACACCGAAGAACUUGUUGCACCUAAUCUUUAAAUAUCUAACUCUAAACCUUGUUUAAAGCUAUCUAAUCAUAAUGCCCCUAGUCCCCUACUCUACUUGUUGACAGCAAGUUCCACUCUGCGAUAGUUCUAGGAAAGAUUGAGUUUUUGAACACCUCAAUCCUUGGUACUCUGGUACUUGAAGCUGUAUCUGUGUAGCCGAUGUGCACCCACCCAACAAUCAUGCAUGGUUUGUCCCUAAUGAGUAAUGUAUUCCGACAUCCCCUUUUAGUUCACAGGCAAUGAAUGCUGCAUGCUGUUCAAGCUUGUGUGAAAUGCCGUGGAUGAGCCUGGGUAGACAGAUUGGCUCUAAUGCUGGUCUGAUGUUGCCAAGGGACCGCGGCGGAAUCUUUGCUGGAGUUCGGCAGAUUUAAUGUAUUACGGGAGUAUGCAUGCACACAUGCCUCCGGGGAAAUUGGAGCUUCGCGGGGGAUUUCUAGCGCCCGUGGAAAAUUCUCGGAAGAAAAUCCGUGCUUUAGGCUGUACCAAGUCACUUGGUUGAACAAGCUUUACAUUAAAAAACAUUUUUGCAUGGCUGUAACAAGAGAGUUCUACAAGAUUAAGUGAGUAAUCUGAUUUGUGUUCCAUAGGGUUUAGUGUUGAAUAUGGAACCAAAUGCAAGUUACACUGAGUAUUCUUAGCUACCUUAGCUACAUGUAUAUUAAAGGCAACACCAAUUUAGU